CCUUUUCUGAGUUGGCACCUCUACAUGUUCAGGAAGUUGCAUUCUCGUAGAACGCGUGGUCCUUUCCUUUAAAACCGUGGUGAUUAGAGGACAUAAUGCCACGAUAUUCCCAUGAACCGGUCAACGCGACCAAGUCGUGCAGAGCACGCGGUUCCAAUCUCCGUGUGCAUUUUAAAAACACUCAUGAAACAGCACGAGCUAUCAAAAAUAUGACCCUGCGAAGGGCGCAGAAAUACCUGAAGAAUGUCAUGGAACAUAAGGAAUGUGUGCCCUUUCGUAGAUUCAAUGGUGGUGUUGGCAGGUGUGCCCAAGCUAAACAAUUUGGCACAACGCAAGGUCGUUGGCCAAGAAAGUCUGCAGACUUUCUGCUGCAGUUGUUGAGAAAUGCAGAAAGUAAUGCUGAUUACAGGGGACUCGAAGUAGAUCGCCUUGUAAUUGUUCAUAUCCAGGUGAAUCAUGCACCUUGUCUGCGUAGAAGAACAUACAGAGCGCAUGGUCGUAUAAACCCUUAUAUGAGCUCACCUUGUCACGUCGAGGUGAUUCUAACAGAAAAGGAAGAUGUGGUCACAAAAGCUACAGAAGAAGAACCGUCGAAAAAGAAACUUAGCAAAAAGAAGCUUGCCCGACAAAAGGAGAAAAUGCUGAGGGAAUAAUUUCGUAUUUUAUAUGGACAUGUUAUAUGUACGCUAAAGAAAUGAAGAUCAACACAUGUAUGCUA